AAAAUUUCUAUAGAAAUUAAAGCAAAAUUGAUAUUUUUUUUAAAAAACUGAAGAAAUCUCUCGUUUCAUCCGCCAUUAACGACCUCUCAAAGGCUUUGGUGAGCAUGAGAAGAGUGUUUGGAGGGGUUGCUACAGAUUUGUGUCCGUUGCCUAGUAUGUACCAACCACUGCAAUCUAGGGGAAAUUUGGUUUUGUUGUUUAAAGGAUGCAGACGCUUUGUGAGAACAACAUGUCUCGUUUCGAUCCCGGGUGGUUCUUUGGGAAAUGAAUCAAAAGCACCUCCUAGCUUUCUGAGGGAUAAAAAGAUAGUUCCAGAUGCUGAUCCUCCCCAUAUGGAAGAUAUCCAGAAGUUGUAUCGACUUUUUGAGCAAAGUUCGAGACUCACUAUCUUGACCGGAGCUGGGAUUAGCACAGAAUGUGGAAUUCCGGAUUAUAGAAGUCCCAAUGGAGCAUAUAGUUCUGGUUUCAAACCAAUUACCCAUCAGGAAUUCACUCGAUCAAGCCGAGCUCGUAGGCGGUAUUGGGCAAGAAGUUACGCCGGAUGGAGGCGGUUCACUGCAGCACAACCAGGACCAGCUCAUACUGCUUUAGCAUCACUAGAAAAAGCUGGAAGAAUAAAUUUUAUGAUCACACAAAACGUUGACAGGCUGCAUCAUCGUGCUGGGAGCGAUCCACUUGAAUUACAUGGCACAGUAUAUACUGUUAUGUGCUUAGAUUGCGGCUUCUCUUUUCCCCGAGACUUGUUUCAGGAUCAGCUAAAAGCUAUCAAUCCUAAGUGGGCUGAAGCGAUAGAUAGUAUUGAUCAUGGAGAUCCAGGAUCUGAGAAGAGUUUUGGCAUGAAACAAAGGCCUGAUGGAGAUAUUGAGAUUGACGAAAAGUUUUGGGAAGAGGGUUUUCAUAUACCAGUAUGCGAAAAGUGCCAAGGGGUCCUAAAGCCCGAUGUAAUUUUCUUUGGAGACAACAUCCCGAAGGAAAGAGCUACUCAGGCAAUGGAAGUUGCAAAGCAGAGCGAUGCAUUUCUCGUCUUGGGUUCAUCGUUAAUGACAAUGUCUGCUUUUCGCCUUGUCAGAGCUGCUCAUGAGGCUGGUGCCAUGACUGCAAUUGUAAAUAUAGGAGAAACAAGAGCUGAUGACCUUGUUCCAUUGAAAAUCAAUGCUAGGGUUGGAGAGAUAUUGCACAGAGUUCUUGACGUGGGAUCUCUCAGUGUCCCAGCUCUCUAGGGCAAUGUCCAGAUUCAAGUGAGCAGAUAUUGCAAGAGCUAUGUAACAUUUAGACCUAUAUUGUUUAUAAUUUAUCAAAUGAAUACUUUAUAUUCAAGCAACUUAUCUCAAGUUGUAAAUUCAACAGCAAAUAAAGAGUAAUCAUUCUCAAUGCCAA